GACACAGCCAAUCACGCUUGCCAAUAGGCUUGUCAUCAUCAGGCCUUCCUCCGUCCAUGUAUGUACGGCAGACAGCUCUCCACCCUCAUCCUUCCCGAGAAAACCAAGUACUAUACGUUUACCUCCCUAGUGCUUUACCGGCUCAACAACCACUCCACCCGCAAGACCUCCAUUGCAACCUUCCGUAUUCUCGAAAUCUCGAACGCCCUCCGGCCUCAGCAGCGACAUCAGCAGGCUUCCACGCGUCGGAACCAAACCUUACCGCCCGACACAACUUGCAUCCGUGGUUGGAACAUUUCACAACUUCAAAGUCGAUCUACGAGGCUAACACUUCGUUUUUUCCGUAACGAAAGCACCUUUCUUUCUUCUAGGCGCAGCAGCAGACACAAAGAUGGCCUCCCCAGUUAGCUCCUAUGACGAGGAGGGAGAGAUCUUCGAAUCUGAUGCAGAGAAGGCACCUCCAUCGCUGCCUUCCGUGUCUGGCCCUAGCGUUGACCGUCCUUCAAUUAGACUCCCGGCGAGAGCUUCGACGUCUCCACAAGAUCCUCCGACCUCCACCUCGCGCUACAAUGACCACCGCUACGAUCGCCGCACUCCAAACAACAACGACGGGUACCAGCCACGAGGCGAGAAGCGGAGGCGGAGCCGGGAAGACGACGCGAGAAGCCACAGGGUGCACUACGAGGCGGGCGCGAGGGAUGUGUCGAUUCGUCGCCCAAGAGUCUCCUAUGCCGAUAUAGAUCGUGGGGAUACCCAGACUUUCCGGGACGAGCUUUCCGACGACCACUUCGGUGUUGAUUCCAACCGCUCUCGAACACGCAGUCGCUCACCUCCUCCAAGAGGCUCCAGACCAGACCGAGGAGGUAGGGGAGGCGGUGGUGGUGGCGGCGGGAGAUACUACGAUGACCGCAGGAGGGAUGGACUGGAUGGGCACUUCGACGGGAGGAAUGGUCGCUACGGCGGGUAUGGUAAUGGAGGACGCCAGAGGUCAAACGACAGAUCGCGUGGUGAACGGCGAGAGAACCCGGCUUCUUUUGAUCGCGCGAGACGAGACGCUGAAACACGCAGUAAAGACUCGGAUCGUCACGGAGGUCGGGAGGCAAAGUAUGCAAGGCCGUCUGGAAAUGAGAGGUCAACAAACUGUGAAGACGACAAGAAAUCAGCCAAAGAGCCCAAACUGGCGAUUGAGGAACCUGUUGAUGAGGCCAAGCUUAUCGAGGAGCGCAGGAAAAAGAGAGAAGCUAUCAAAGCCAAGUACCGAGGACAAGGCACUCCUAUGCUUGCGACAGCUCUUGGAAUCAAAGAUACACCGGCGGCCUCUCCUUCCGACUCAACUGGACCCAAUUCGCCCAUCACCCCAAGAUCACCACCAGACUUGACCCCCGGCGGAGUCUUCACCCUCGCGAAACAAGGUGCCGCCGCUGAACCAGACGCCGAGCUGGAUGCCGCGGAUGAGCCAUCGGCUGCUGAUUACGACCCAACCCUUGACAUGCGGGAAGAUCAGAAGCGGAACGAGCAGCGGCUCCAUAAGAAUGAGGUUUCGUCUGGCGCCUAUGAUGAGAUGAAAACCACUGACCGUGAUGUCUUGAUGCGGGAAGCCGAUGCUCCUGCGAACCCCGAGCCUGAGAAGCCGAAGGCUGAGGGUGAGAACGAUUUUGACAUGUUCGCCGAAGGCGAUGACGACGAUAUGUUCGCUCCUGCGUCAGCUACGACCGAUCAGGAACCUGGAACCACCCCUAAGCCCGUAGCCACCAUCGAGGCCAAGCAGCUUGAUGCAGGCUUGCUGGAUAACUGGGAUGACGACGAAGGGUAUUACAAAAUGAUCCCCGGAGAACUGAUGGACGGUCGAUACAAGGUGCAAAUGAGUCUGGGUAAGGGCAUGUUCUCUGGUGUAGUGCGGGCCAGAGAUAUGACCACCAAUAAAGAUUCGGCGAUUAAGAUCAUUCGAAACAACGAGACGAUGCGUAAAGCAGGCAUGAAGGAGAUCGAUAUCCUCAAAAAGCUCGCGGAAGCAGAUCCCGAAGAUAAGAAACAUGUCGUGAGACUUGAGAGGUACUUUGAGCACAAGGGACAUUUGUGCAUCGUUUUCGAGAACCUAAAUAUCAACCUCCGAGACGUGCUCAAGAAGUCUGGUAUUCGCGAUGUUGGUAUCAGCCUCAACGCUGUCCGGGCGUACGCACACCAGAUGUUCCUCGGUCUGUCGCUCCUGCGGAAAUGUAACAUCCUACACGCCGAUCUCAAACCCGACAAUGUUUUGGUGAGCGAAAGUCAAAACGUCCUCAAGAUUUGCGAUCUUGGUUCUGCCUCGGAUGCAUCUGAGAAUGAUAUAACCCAGUACUUGGUCUCACGUUUCUACAGAGCACCAGAGAUCAUCCUGGGAAUGAGUUACGACUUCGCUAUUGAUAUGUGGUCGAUAGGAUGCACCCUGUACGAACUGUAUACCGGUAAGAUUCUGUUCACUGGCAGAACCAACAACCAAAUGUUGCGGAGUAUCAUGGAGUGCCGCGGAAAGUUCUCCAACAAGCUGCUUCGCAAGGGACAAUUCACACCUCUGCACUUCGAUGAGAUGGGCAACUUCAGGAGCGUCGAGAAGGACAAGAUUACGGGGAAGGACGUGGUCAGGACAAUAAACUACACGAAGCCGACCAGAGAGUUAAAACAACGCCUCCUUUCGGCUGCCAGUGGUAGCGAGACCGAACUGAAAGAGCUCAACCUUUUCGUGGAUUUAUUAGAAAGGUGCCUCAACCUCAACCCGGAGAGGCGAUGUACUCCGGACGAGGCUCUGAAGCACCCAUUCAUCCGACGCCCGGUACCUUCGGCCAGAUAGAUAGAGCCGGACGCGGAUUGGAAUGGCAUUAUUUCAAGGCAACUGUCAGGUAGAUGAUUUGGUGCAUUGCUUGAUUGGUACGAUACACGGUAGUCGGUUGAAGGCAGCUUCUCAGUUUCAUGUGCGUGCGUGUUUUUUCUUCUUUCCCAGCCACUGCAGUUUACUGGCUGGAUAAUGGGAUUGUAUUGGAUCGGUGUUUGAUAGAGAUACUUUCUGUAUGUAAGUGCUUUUGUAUGAUUUUUGCGAAGUAGGUUAGCGGAGAUAUCACGUGCUGCUA